ACACUACAAUACGCGCAAUAGGCGCACACAGUAUGAAUGCCACCAUCUGUUCAAACGGACUGCAUUCCGUUUAUCCGCUUGGGAGUGGUACUUCAUAGAAAUUUAUGUUGGCCCUCGCAGGUGGUGCCUUCGGAGACAGCUCCGAAGGUGAAUGAAGGCUUGAUCGCGCCUUACUGCCUUAACUGCAACUACAUGGUCCAAGCUUUCAUAUGUCCCGCACGUUCAAUGAUCAUUGCUUGAGCAUUACUCCGGAAGGACUGUUACUUUACCGCACUCCAAGCAAGUAAGGAACUCCGAAGGACGCCUCCACCAUGGCGGGCAAAGAAGCAACGGCAAACCCGCUCGUCAUCACCGGCAAGGCACUCGACACUUCGCUCUCAGUCCAACUGCAUCCCCUCGUGCUCCUCACCAUCUCCGACUAUAUCACCCGCCACACACUGCGUGAACAGCAAGGCCCGAUCAUCGGUGCAAUCAUUGGCCAACAAAGUGGGCGGCAAUACACACUCGAGCAUGCCUUCGAGUGCAAGCUACAGGAAGUCAGCGGGAAUGUCCUGCUGGACGGCGAAUGGUUCAAGGACAGGCUGGAGUCAUAUAAGGAGGUGCACAAAGCGCCGGCACUCGAUCUCGUAGCCAUGUUCACGCUUGGUCCGGUAGCAGGUCCGCAAGACGUCCAUUUGCCGCUGUUGAAGCAGGUUGCGGAGAUCAAUGGCAGCGACAGCAUGAUGCUUUUGCUCUUCCACGCGGAGCUGGUGGAUCAGUUACAGGGCGGCAAGUUGCCAAUCAGUCUGUAUGAGUCGGUGACGGAAGGCGAGCAAUCACAGGUUAAGUUCCGGGAGCUGAGCUUCGAGGUGGAGACGGGCGAGGCGGAGAUGAUUGGCGUGGAUACGGUGGCCAAGGCAGGUGCUACUGCUUCGGCGGUGACGAAGGUUGAGCCGGUGCCGGCAGCAGAGUCCAGCAAGAAGGAGAAGGUCAAGGGGAAAGGCAAGGCUAAGGAGAAGGACGAGGAGGCUGCCAGUGAGAGCGUGUUGUCACCGGAAGACGACGAGCUCAUCGCAUCGCUCACUGCCAAAGUGAACGCCAUCAGGAUGCUCAACCAGCGCAUCAACCUCAUCCGCUCAUACCUGGAGACGCUACCGUCAAGCUACCUCACAGACGCUUCCUCGAGCCAACCGCCACCCGACACCACUAACCACGUCCUACUCCGCAGCGUAAACUCCAUGCUCUCACGGAUCCCACUCCUCGCACCACCAGCACCCGUACUUGCACCCCCAACCGUAAACGGCUGGACAACCGAGGCAAUAACAGCCCCCGAUCCAUCAACAACGCUACAAUCGGCCGGUAUCAAAGAGCGCCAAGACGUCCACCUCACGGCACUGCUCGCAGCACUCUCACGUUCCGUGGCCGAGGCGCAGAGUAUGGGCAGCAAAUUCCACAUCGUUUCUCGCGACCGCGAAAGCAAGAACCGGAACACCUCGUUCGGCGUGAGGGGCGGGAGAGGCGGGUUCGGUGGUCUCGGUGGGGAGGAUAGCUUGUUGAGCGAGAACGGCGGGUUUUAGAAUGGCCUGUCGCGGUACACUUGACGUGACUUCACCUUUAGCGGGCAUAGCGAACGGCGUAUGGGGAAUGAUAAUGGAUGGAUGAGGCUAAGCGGUGCAUGGGUGGCGUCCAAGUGGGCCGCACGUGCACGGAAUGAUGAAUGAUGCAAUAUCUGUAUACGCCGGGAUGC